AUGUUUAUAUGUUUUAUUUACUUGUUUACUAAUAUAUUGAAUAUUGUUUGUCCCACAGUGAAACACUCACUGGUUCAUUUCCUUACUGGGUCGUCUGGAAUCCCACACUUGUCAGAGUUUGUUGGUUUUGCAGAGGUUGAUGGCAUUCAGAUGAUUUACUGCGAUGGAGACAACAAGAUAUUUGAACCAAGACAAGACUGGAUGAAGAACAUAUUAGAUAACAACCCUCAGCUGCUGGAAAUGUACAAUCAACAGUGCUUUGUGAUGCUGCCAAACCACUUAAGAGAGGAACUUAUUAGUAUGAAGCAGCAGUCUAACCAAAGUGGAGCUGUCAGCAUUUUGCAGUUAACAGCUGGUUGUGAAUGGGAUGAAGAAACUGGAGAGGUGACUGGCUCUGUACACUAUGCCUAUAAUGGAGAAGCUUUUCUUGAAUUCCUUCUGGAGACCCUGACAUGGUCUGCACUGAAACCAGAGGCGGACGUUAUGAAACAGAGAUACAAUGCUGACAUAAUAAUAAAACAAACAGAGGCCUUCCUCACUCCACUGUGCACAGAUUUGCUGAAGAUGUUUUUGAACAAUUCAAAACGCUUCCUGCAGAGAACAGUUCUUCCCUCAGUGUCUCUCCUCCAGAAGUCUCCCUCCUCUCCAAUCAGCUGCCACGCUACAGGUUUCUACCCUGAUAGAGCCAUGAUGUUCUGGAGGAAAGAUGGAGAGGAGGUCCAUGAAGGUGUGGAUCAUGGAGAGAUCCUCCCCAACAAUGAUGGGACCUUCCAGAUGAGUGUUGAUCUCAACAUUUCAUCAAUCACACCUAAAGACUGGAGCAGAUACGAGUGUGUGUUUCAGCUCUCUGGUGCUGAGGAUGGCAUUGUUACCAAUUUGAAUAAUUCAGUUUUCAGAACCAACUGGGGAAAAAAUUAAGUGUAAUUUAUGGAGCGAAGCCCUCUGACAUGAUGAUCCCCAUCAUUGCUGCAGUGUUUGUUCUUCUUUUUCUCGUCCUCAUCGCUGCUGCUGGAUUUGCUGUUUACAAAAAGAAAAAAGACCAACAGCAGACAUCUCCUCCUGAGAACAACGCUGAAGUCUUUGAGAUACUGACUCCAGAGCCCACAUAGUCAAACACAAGAUCUGAUAUACAGAGUUCACAAAGGCAGAGAACAGUUUUAGUUUUUAAUGGUCUUCUGUGUGAACUUGACUUUUUGUAGAAAUUUUUUCAAUCUCAGUACUGAUUUAUGAUCAAAGGGAUUAUUCAUUCAAGUAUAACAUUUUAAUGUUUUACUAUAUCAUUGUGCAUCUGUGUCAUAUUAUUAAAUGUAUUAUUCAGUGUAAGAGACAGAUCCAUCCACUGCUGCACUGUGAAAUUCUGAGUGAACUCCAGGUCGCAUUUACUGAUCUGUUACUAAGGAAAGUUUGCUAUCUAGAAAAACUUGUUUCCAUUGGUUUUGUAUAUGUUUUUAAUUAUUAGUUAUUAAAUACUUUGAGAUAAAAAUUAAUUUAGCUUCCAACCUAAUCAUGUCAAAAAUUGUUCAUAUCAAAAGUCAGAUUUUUUUGUCUAGAUGGAAUAGCUUUAACUUCCUCAGCUAACUUUCAUGUUACAAAUACUGAUUUUCAAUAAAGCAU